AUGGAUAUCGUAUCAAAAAGCAUUGGAGAGCCAAUAGUUCCAAGCUACGUCCCUGGAGGUAUGGCCACUAAAGGAGACCGUAUGAACUUCAUCGAUAGACUAAUGAACGUUGCCGACAUGGUGUUGGGGCAGAAGUUUUUUGGCAACACAUUCGUAGAGGAAAUCAAAGUUUUUCGGGCCAAGUAUGGACCACAAUUUAAAGACUAUGACGAGAUUAUUGCCGAUGCUUCUUAUGUUCUGACAAAUUCGAAUCCCUACCUUGACUAUCCCCGUCCUAUGCUCCACAAAACUGUUUCACUUGGUGGAAUUGCUGUCCACAUCGAUCCCAAAAAGAACGUCCUUUCCAAGAAAUGGGAUGGCAUUUUGAACGAAAGAAACACUACCGUAUUCGUAUCGUUCGGUUCAGUGGCCAAGUCCAUUUACAUGCCAGAUGAAUAUAAGAAAAAUCUUCUGGAUGUCUUCGAAAGCAUGCCUGAGACGACGUUCAUAUGGAAAUACGAAGAGGAAGGUUCAAAAUUGGGAGCUCAUCUCAAGAAUGUCCACCUCACCACAUGGGCACCUCAAAACGCUCUUCUUGCUGAUCCUCGUCUAACAGUUUUCAUCACUCAUGGUGGACUAGGCAGCACUACCGAGCUGGCUCAUUUGGGUAAACCAGCCAUCCUUAUGCCCGUCUUUGCUGAUCAGACCAGGAACGCCCACAUGCUGGCUAAACAUGGUGGAGGUAUCGUUCUAACAAAGUUUGCCUUGGAAGAUCCACAGAUCAUCCGAGAUUCUCUGAAAAAGAUCUUUAACGAUGCCAGCUAUUCUCGAAAUGCCAAACGACUGUCAGAGAUGCUUUUGAAUCAGCCGAUCAGCGCCGAGCAGCUCCUCAUCAAACACUGCGAAUUUGCUGCCAAGUGA